CACUAUUCGAUUUUAUUUUCCAAGUUCAAACAACUUCAAUGCAUGAUAUUUUACAAUAGAUUUCUAUAACAUAUAGCCUGAAAAAAGGUUAUAGACGAGAGAAUUUGUGGAUAUUUCGAGCAGUACCAAAUUCAUGUUAAUCGAAUGGUUGCGAUACUUGAAGCGUCGCCUUCGUAAGUGAGUUAGAAAAGUAAUAAGAAGGAGGAGUAUAGAUAUUGGUUAUUAGUUAAAGUAAUUCAUUAUUGACAAAAGUUUUUAUUUUCUUCCUAUCACGUUAUUUCCUCAGUUCUUAUCACAUCCAUUUGUGUUCAAAAGAGUAGAAAAACGAUGGAAAUAUGGCUUAUCGGAGGAUUUCCAAUUUGGAAAGCUGCACCGCUGUGUUCUAUUAUUGAUCAUGAUGCUGGAUACAAUUUUGACGCCCCUAUUGCUUCCCUUAAUCGCAUGUGCAUUCCUUCAGGAUCAGCAACAAAAAGCAGAAGGAGAGAAAUCGAGAUCGCUUUGCACAAGGAUCUUAGAAACUUAUAGAUGGUACUCGGAUACUCCCUGCGUCAUUUUCGUUAAGACACAGUUUAUGCAACUGAUUUUCAUAGUGCUGCAUUUCUGGAUAUCCAUAAAUGGUUCGUCUGUUGCUCCGACCAUUGAGGAGGCCUUGGUGUUGUUCUUCUUCGUUGGAUUUGUUGUCAGUGAGAUCCAUCAGUAUAAAACAUCGGCGGAAAAAGUUUACUUCAGAGACAUGUGGAACUACUUAGAUUUGGGGAUCGUUUUUAUCUAUGUGGUCCUUCUCGUUUGCCGAAUAGCAACUUUCAUUAUCGGUGGCGAUUCCUUUCACAAUCGCUGGUUAGAAAUCGCCAAUUACUCCUAUGGGUUCAACACCCUGUUCCUUACUUUACGAUUUUCCAGUAUCUUAGAGCUCAGUUCAGUUGUCGGUCCACUUCAGCUGGCGUUAUUUCAAAUGUUAAGAGACUUGCUGAUUAUACUCAUUCAGUUUGCUUUCGUGAUUGUGGCGUUUUCAAUGGCCAUCACGAAGUGUUACACCGCUGAAAAGUCGUACAUGAUUCCACAGGACAGCAAAUCAAAUUAUACAGAGUAUUGUGUUCCAGGAAAUUUCGACUGUUUCUUAAAGUCUGCAAUACAUCUUGUCUGGUCUGUUUUUGGAAUGACCCAUUUCGAGGAGAUGGAAUCUCAAACUAGUACGACUACGAUCAUCGUUGUUCUCCUGUUCUUGUGUUUUUUGGUGCUAUCAGUCAUCAUGUUGGUUAAUAUUCUAGUCGCCUUAUUGACAGCGACAUAUGAUAAGUACAAGAACGGCUGGGAAAUAGAAUGGAAAUUCUCACGCUCUGUUAUGGAGGAGCAAUAUAGACGAAUGCACGUGGUUGUUGUACCAUUCAACAUACUUACUUUGCCAAUAGUGUACUUGUAUUGGGGACUUCACGAAGAUACCGGAGAGGAGAGAAAGGAAAGGAGGAAAAAGGAGUACAAAGAUUUCUUGAAGAACGAUUUUUUUCCUAUAAUAACAAACCGCUAUAAAGAGAAAUAUAAAGGAUCGUUUCCUUCAACAGUCGAUAGUAAACUGGAUACCUUGGAAGAAAACCUGAAUAGAGUGAAAAGAGAACUUGAAAUACCCGAGGAAAAAGAACAAGGGAGUCAAGAGCCAAAUCGGGUCGUCUCCGUGAAAAGCAGACUGGAGAGAAUUGAAGAAAAGCUGAACAUAAUUAUCGAAAGGCUGGGGCAAACCAAAGAACAGGCAAAGAGAGAAACGAAGAAUGACAACAUCAGAACCCCUCACAUGCAAAACUCUAUAGAGGACAAUGGCCAGGAUUGUCAUUUGUGAAUCAAUCGACAUUUCUGAUGACUAUUUCCUACUCAGCAAUUUCCUACCACUAGACCUAUAACUUUAACUUUAAUACUAACUCCUAAUUAGUUACAUUAAACAAGUCAGAUCAAUCAAUUUGAGGACAGCUUAAAACAAAAUGCAAGAUUUCUUAAAAUAAGCCGCCUUAAUUAUUAACCUAGAUAAAAAAAAAUCAGUUUCAAAGACUUAUCACAGAAGAAUAAAAAAUCACUCCAAACUCAUAAUAUAAAUAAGAUAAUUACGAUAAAAAAUUAGUACAGACCUUAUUAUAAAAAUAAUUAAUGAUAGAUUUGCCCAUGGUUUACAACUUGGGCAAAUGGGUUGUGUGGAGUUGGUCAAAUUUGAUUUAAUAUGUCAGAAAAUGUGUGUGAGCUUGACAUUAGAAAAAUUCGAAUCUAAGCGCAAAUGGGUAUAAAAAUCAAAUUUUUCACGUUGCCAUCAGCUUUGACAUCGGUUAUUUUUCCUAAUAUUUUUAUCACUUUGCUAUGACAACGGAGGAUUAAUGAAGUCUGUAAACGCUUUUGCUCCACAGAUGGCAUACAUUACGCCUCAAAAUUAUGCUUGAUUGAUUAUGCUGGAUUGUUGCUUUGAUUCGGAUCGGAGUGAAAUGCAAAAGCUGCUUAGUUAAGUUUGACAUUGUAAAAUUUUGUAUAGAAUUUUUACUUGUUCCAAAUAAUUUUGGAUGCUAGUCUUAUGAAAAAGUAUUUAAUCGAUUUUUCCCCUAAGAACGACCGCCUUCCCUAAUGUGAAAUCCUUGCGUUUCUAUCGGAGGUUCGGUUUAAUAAUUAUUAUUUAUCUAAAAAUAUUAUUUUUACAAACUCCCUAUAAUCAAGUAAACUAAU